AUGCCAAAUAUCAAAAUCUUCAGUGGCAGCUCCCAUCACAAUAUACCUUAAAGACUGGGCACACUGAGACUGCAAUUGAGACUGGGCCUGUUCAUGACUAAGAAAUGUAGCAACCAAAAAACUUACAUGGCAACUGGUGACAUCUACUGUGGAAAAGAUAUCUACAUUGUUCAGAGUGGUUUUGGUGAAAUCAAUGACAACUUAAUGGAGAAACUGAUAAAGAUUGCUUCAGUUGACCAGGUUACUGCAGUCAUCCUGUGGUUCCCUUACGCCCAGCAAGAUGAGAAAGCAUGAGGAUUGGCUCCAAUCUCAGCCAACUUUGUUGCAAAUAUGCUGUGUGUGGCAGGUACAGACCACAUAAUCACUGUGGAUCUGCAUGCUUCUCAGAGUCAGGGAUUUUUUGAUAUCUAAAUGGACAAUUUGUGUGCAGAACCAGCUGUCCUGAAGUGGGUUAGGGAGAAUAUGUCUGAGUGGUGGAACUGUACUAUUAUCUGAUGCUGGUAGAGCCCAGACAGUUACCUCCAUGCAGACCAGUUGAAUGUGCCUUGAUUCACAAAAAAAUAAAAGGUGGCCAAUGAAAUUGGUCACAUGGUCCUAGUGAGAUAUGUGAAGGAGUGGGCAGCUAUUGUUGAGGAUGACGUGGCUGACACCUGUGGCACAAUCUGCCAUGCAUCUGACAAACUUCUUUCAGCUGGAGCUACAAGAAUUUAUGCCAUCUUGACUCAUAAACUUUUCUGGCCGGUCAUUUGUCUCAUUAACAACACAUGCUUUAAAGCACUAGUUGUCACCAAUAUCAUACAGAAGAACAAGCUGAAGUAACACUCCAAAACAGGCGAGAUCAACACAUCCAUGAUUCUUGCAAAAGUCAUCAGAACUCACAAUGGGUAAUCUGUGUCCUAUCUGUUCAGUCAUGUCCCUUUAUAG